GGCUGUGAGUGAAGAUGUCACUGGCAGACACGGACACAGAGCGGGGGAUCUCUGGCGCCGAGUCUGAGUCCCCUUUCUCGGAGGUAAUUGAACUGAAUGUAGGGGGACAGGUGUAUGUGACACGGCACAUAACUUUGGUCGCUGUCCCAGACUCGCUCCUCUGGACCAUGUUCAGCAAGAAGACUCCAAAGGACCUGGUGCGCGACAACAAAGGGCGCUACUUCUUGGACAGGGACGGAUUCUUGUUUCGUUAUAUUUUAGACUACCUACGGGACCUCAACCUGGUACUGCCUGAUUAUUUCCCCGAGCAAAGCCGGUUGCAGAGAGAGGCUGAGUUUUUCCAGUUGCGGGACCUGUCCAUGAGCAUCAGCCCCAGGAUGCGCAAAGAUAACUUCAUCAGUGAUGAUAUUUGCCAGAGCGAGACCGAGGAGGGUGCGCUCCAGUGCAGCAUAGGGUCCUUCAGCGGAAUGGAAACUUUGCGCAUGAUGUCCGCAAUGAGCAGCGCCCGCUCCCCGUCUCGCGAGUCCAGAAAGUCAGGGUACAUCACAAUUGGAUACCGGGGAUCGUAUAGUAUCGGUAGAGAUAUCCAAACCGACGCCAAGUUCAGGAGAGUGGCGCGCAUCACGGUGUGUGGGAAAACGUCCCUUGCCAAAGAGGUGUUCUCGGACACUUUGAAUGAGAGCAGGGACCCCGAUCGGCCACCGGAGAGGUACACGUCCCGUUACUACCUCAAAUUCAAUUUCCUUGAGCAAGCGUUUGACAAGCUGACGGAGGUUGGCUUUCACAUGGUGGCUUGUAGCUCCACAGGCACGUGCGCCUACACUAACAAUGAUCCAAACGAGGAUACAAUCUGGACGAGUUAUAUGGAGUAUGUGUUUUGUCGGGACUAAAAUGUUGAUAUGAUCCCACCACAGUAGCCGCUAUGACUUUGAUGUUUACUGACAAUUUUUUUGGUUUAGCCUACUGGUGUAAAUAGGCAUCACUCACUCACUCACGCACGCACACACACACACACUCUCCUUCCUGCCUUCCUUCCAGUUAUUUCACAGAUCAGUUAUUAUGCCAGUUAGUGGCAAUGAGCCAAUCUUCAGUAUUGUUUACUGAAUCCAGUCCUGUUAAAAAGAAAUUGAUAGAUGAUUCAUGUAAGAGAUCAUUCUGAAUGUCCAAGAAUAAUAGACAUAAAUGUAGUUGUACUUUAUUUUGCAUACUAGACAGUGGCGACCCGUCAUUCAGGGCAGG